GCCGGAGCGCCCUGCCUGUCUCCUCGCUCGUGGGGCAGCCAGCCGGGAGCAGCGGGCAGUCAGGCAGCCGGCCCCUCCGCCCCGGCCAGGGGGACGCAGUCAGUAAACACAAAAGUGAGAGCCACCCAAGGGGCAGCCAAAGCAGGAGGAGAGAAAGAGAAGGAAAAAAAAAAAAAAAAAAAAAAAGGGGGGGGGACCAGAAAAAAAAAAAGGAAAGGAAAAAAAAGGAAAAAAAAAAAAAGGAAAGCGCUCGCUCGCUCUCUAGAAUAACAAAAUACCUGAUCGUAACAAAAUAACAUCCUUCAGACAAAAUCGAGCAGGGACUUGACAUACCAAAAAGGCAAGGCGAGGAGAGCGAGCCAGGGCGCGGGGAAGGCGAGCCAAAGCCGCGAUCGCUGCCAGGGCAGGAGAGCAGCAUGUCAAGCGCCGGGGCACACACGGAUGAGCGCUGCCGGCAGCCUGCCUUCCUCCCCGGCCCGCCGCCGCCGCCGCCGCCGCCGCAAGAAGUUGAGAGUAGCAGCGGCAGCGCCAAGGUGCAGAGGAUGUGUGCGGCGAGGCGGAUGCUGCUGCUGCUGCUGGCUUUCCUGGCCUACGCGCUGGAUUCGGCUGCGGCGUACGGCACGGCGGAGACCCUCUGCGGCGGGGAACUGGUGGACACGCUGCAGUUCGUCUGUGGGGACAGGGGCUUCUACUUCAGUAGACCGGUGGGACGAAAUAACCGGCGGAUCAACCGGGGGAUCGUGGAGGAGUGCUGCUUUCGGAGCUGUGACCUUGCUCUGCUGGAAACCUACUGCGCCAAGUCCGUCAAGUCUGAGCGCGACCUCUCCGCCACCUCCCUGGCGGGCCUGCCGGCACUCAGCAAGGAGAGCUUCCAGAAGCCCUCGCACGCCAAGUACUCCAAGUACGACGUGUGGCAGAAGAAGAGCUCCCAGCGGCUGCAGCGGGAGGUGCCCGGCAUCCUGCGGGCUCGCCAGUACCGGUGGCAGGCGGAGGGGCUGCAGGCGGCCGAGGAAGCCAAGGCGCUGCACCGUCCCCUCAUCUCCCUGCCCAGCCAGAGGCCCCCAGCGGCCCGAGCCUCCCCCGAAACGGCUGGCCCCCAGAAAUGAACCCUGAGCAGCCGUCUCGAUUUUUGAUCUCCCGGGGGAGGGCGGGAGGACUGGCGAGACCCGGCCCCCGAGCCCCUCCGUCCCCGGGGCCGCCGAGCCGAGGAGCGGGGCGGCGGGGGACCCUCACGCCGCUCCGGCCCCAACCAAACAACUGACACAGCAAGGAGGGGAUGGCGGCGGCGGCGGCGGCGGCGGCGGCGGCGAGCAGCGCCGCUCCCGCGGCAUCGUCCUUUCGGGGUGGGGGGGGGGGUUGUUUCGUUUCCCAGGCCUGUUUCGUUCCCCCGCGCCCCCAGUAUUUCCAAGCCUGUACUUGCAAAGGGACAGUUUGGCACUUGAACUUUUUGCUGCCGGGCGCUGCGUGACAUCCCCAGUGCCAACGCCAGAAGACAAAAGAAAGAGCAAGAGGGAAAAAGGAUAUGAAGUUAAAAUUUUUUUUAAUCUUUUUUUCUUUUUCUCGAGAAGAAGAGUCCAUUCCGUGUCUUUCUUGACAAUAAAGUGAAAAAAAAAAAUGAAAUGGGGAGAAAUAUUGAGGGAUAUAUUUUUUUCGCCUCAUUCCCACCCCACUUUCUUCUUCUUUUUUGUUUUUUUUCUUUUGGUUUUCUUAUUUUUAUAACUUUCUUUUGCACCUUUAAAAGAAAAAUGUACCUGAGAAGAAGUUCCAAGGAGCCCCCAUCUGCAUUUUUGUGUGUGUGCUUCAUUACAAGAUUCCAAAUCGACUUGCACCUUUUUGAAAUCAUCGAUGACGUGAGAAAGAGAGGAAGAGGAGAGAGAAAGCGAGAAAGAGAGAAGAAAAAGGAAAGGAGAAAGAAGAAAAAAAAAGAAAAAAGUGAGCUGAUGCUCACUUUAAAUGGAGGAGGCGUCUGCAUUGCACAUUUGCCACGGAUUUAGUUGAUUUAUAUAUAUAAUAUAUUAUAUAACUUUUUUGGCAAAAAAAGCACUAUUUUUAUGGGACAUUUUGUGUAGUAUCUGAAGAGGGAUUGUAAUGUUUAAAAUGUGUUAUGGUGCUAAAGUAAGUUGGAAGGGAAAAAACCCAGAAAUAGCAAGGGAGGGUGGGGAGGGAAGGACAAGAUAGCGAAUACUGAACUUGAAAUUUUAGCUUUUCGUUUUAGGAAAAGUGUGAUAAAUGUGUUUCUUUUCUCUUCUGAAAUAUAGCUUGGUCAUGACCAUAUGAGCUAGUUGGCUGUUACUCAUGUACACAGAUGCACGCACACACAGAAAUACAUCGACACGCAUCCUUUUUUUUUUUUUUUAGGAAAAAAAAAACAAAAAACAAAAAACAAAACCACCACAACUUAGACUAAAAGGGAACUGUUCUAGAGACAAACUAUUUUGAAUGGUGAAGGUGUUGCCAGUUACAACUCGAGGCCCUGCUUCUGCACGGACCCCCGGCGGAGCUCGGCUUCCGGAGCCACGGGGGACCUACCGCUUCCUCCCCACCCUGACGGCUCGCUCGCACGCCGGUGCUCUGGCGAGCGGGUGGGCAGGCGGCCCUCACCGCCAAGCCCCUGCAGAAGCGCCAGCUCCGCGCCCCACCAUCUCCUUUUCCUUCUCUUGCCCUUUGCGUCCUUCUCGCCGGACCGCCCGCCCCGCGCCCCCCCACCCUCCUCCCUUCGCCCCCCCCCCCGGGGCUCUGGAGGAGAAGGGCUGCACCCGGGGGGCUGCAGGGCUGGGACCGCUGCGUGGGGUGGGGGAAAAGGCAAGUCUCUGGCUUGAGGCUCGGGACUCGGUGAGGGGAUGGGUUUGAGAGGUGGGCAGAGGGCUGUAAAAUAGGUUGGUUUUAAAAUAAUAUAUAUUAUCUGUCUAGGAACCGUAAAAAGGGGGGAAUCAAUUACAUCUCCCUAAUAUACUCUCACUUGCUAAUAAAAUGGGGACACUCUGUUAACCAGUUCUGUACUUGCUUUGUCUUAUAUAUCCAUACAUUUAAAACAUAAAAAAAAAAAGACUACUUGAAUUGUAUUCUAUUUCGUGGUUUGGAGGGGAGGGCUAGGGGGAGUCUUGAAAGGGGGAGGAUUUUAAUGUAUAAUCCUUUUGUUUGUUAUUACCUUGCAAUGUUGAGCCAUGAAGCCUUUGUUUAAAAAAAUAUGGCACUGCAAUACACGACAAAGAAAAUCCUUUAUUUAUUUUAUUAAAUAUAUAUGGAAAAGAAUGAAAAUCAGUCCAAAUUAAGGGGGGGGGAAGGGAAGUGGGUGGGGUGGGGAAGGCAGAAUAAAAACAGAGCAAUUGCAAAUAAUUGACUUUUUUUUUUUCCUUUUCAUGUGUCUUUUUUUAAAAGAAACCUAGUUUUUAUUUUUUAAAAAGAGAAGCAAAAGCUUUCCUGGAUGCUUUGUACCAAAAAAGAAAAAAAUGAAGAAAAAAAAAAAAAAAUCUGUUAAGCAAAUAAAUAUCCAUCCAGAAUACGAA